AUGUCUCUCCCACCCCCCCGCCCUCACCCAACUUUUCCCCGCCCAGCUUAUGCUCUUCACCGCAUAUCCUUCUCAAUCAUCUGCCGCAUGUGCGGCCUCACCCUCUCCAUCACACCUUUCAACACGACCGCCCCAAGCAUCGAUCGCAUCGUUCACUCCCUCCACACCACAAAUGCGGCUCGCGGACCCAACGCCAAAGGCGUCUACGCACGUCGCUUCCAAACGCCAGCUGGUGACGUGCUUGUCACGCUCGGUGCCAGUGUUCUCGGCCUUCGCGGCACUCUCACAGCCCAACCGCUUGUAGGAAAGCGCGGUGUGUUGGCAUGGAAUGGUCAAGUGUUCGGCGGCCUCGAUGUAGGCAUUACAGAGAAUGACACGCGCAAGAUCUUUCAACGUCUCGAACAAGGCGAAGCACCCAACAAGGUGUUCAACUCGAUUGAAGGACCCUAUACAUUUGUCUACAUUUCUUUUGCCUCGCGUGCCAUCUUCUUUGGCGUUGACCCAUUGUCACGGCGAUCGCUUCUCCUUCACGCCGGCGAUGAAGACUCACAUCCGAUCUUUAUUCUCACUUCAUCGCGCAGUGCCGAAGCACGCCUGCAAGGCGUUGCCAUGCGAACGCUGGACGGCGGACAGACUGGAGUGAUUGACCUAACAGCGUUGCCUACAGGAAUGCUUGAUUUCAGCGCUGCUCUGAAGAUUGAGACGCGUUCAGACAUUGCCCCAGUCAACAAGGCAACACCACCAGCGGAUCCGGGAACCGCAGCAGCCGAGGCAGAAUGCGACACAUUUAUUGCAAGGCUGGAAGGUGCGGUACGGAGACGUGUGGAAAACAUACCAGAGCGUUCACCUGGCUCUGCCCGCGUGGCGCUCCUCUUCUCGGGCGGUGUCGACUGUUCACUUCUAGCAGCACUGGUUCACCGCUGUCUUCCAGCAGGUGAGCCAAUCGAACUUGUCAACGUCGCAUUUGAGCAACCGCGUGCCAAGGAAAACGUCAACGGAAACAAGAAGGGCAAGCAACGCGCACCGGAGCGCAACCCGUACGACGUCCCCGACCGUGUUUCGGGGCGCGAUGCGGUGGAAGAGCUCCGUGGGGCGUGCCCCGGUCGCGACUUUCGCUUUGUCCAAGUCGACGUGGACGUUGAAGAGAGUCGCGCACACCGCCAGGAGAUCCUGGACCUUAUGUACCCCAACAAGACGGAGAUGGACCUCUCUCUCGGAUACCCACUCUACUUUGCGUCGCGAGGCGUUGGAGUCGUUGACUUUGGAUAUGGGCCGGUACCGUACACUGUCGGUGCCAAGGUGUACAUCUCGGGCCUUGGCGCAGACGAACAACUUGGGGGAUACUCUCGCCACAGGCGAGCAUUCGAGCGUGGGGCAUGGCCGAUGCUCAUUGACGAGCUCCAGCUUGACCUUGACCGUCUCCCUCAACGAAACUUGUCACGAGACGAUCGCAUGCUCUCAUCUCACGCCCGAGACGCUCGAUACCCAUAUCUGGACCUUGAGUUUGUUCGUUACGUUUCGUCCCUUCCCAUCUGGGCAAAAUGCUACCCCCUCUUGCCACCUGGAGAAGGGGACAAGGUUCUCAUUCGUCUGGGGGCACAGCAGUGUGGUCUACAAGUCACGGGUAAACGGGUCAAGCGCGCGAUGCAGUUUGGAACCAAGAGCGCAAAGCUGAACGAGGCCCCCGCCAGAGGGUUUGGCGCCGGCGAGGUGGUCGUUCAGGAUUAG